AUGAACUUGAAGUCUUCUGCUUUACCAUUAGUGAGCCUUCAAUCUAAUCCGAGAAAAACCAAGAGACGUGGGAAGAAACCUUCUAAAACUGUUACCUCUACAUCUAGCAAAAUAGAUCCAUUAGACUUAAACCUUGAAUCCGAAACUCCUUCCAACUCCACAAAACCGGAGAAUAAAGAGGAUAAACAACCAACUCCAUCGAAAACUUCACCGCAUACUACACCAUCGUCUUCACCAGAACUUACACCUUCUACUACACCUAGGAACAUGGAUGACGAUAUGUUUCAUCCUUUUGAUAGGACUAUUGGGAAGAGUACCCGACUCAUUGCACCAAACAGGGGUUCGGCUAUUCAUCCUCCACCAACCGCACCGAAUUUCAAUGUUAAGGGAAACCAUAUAACCCGUGUUGAAGAGAAUCAGUUUGAUGGGGUGCAUAAGUGGGAUCCAUAUGAUCACAUGGAGAAGUUUAAGAAGGUAUGUCGGUUGUUUAAGUAUGGGGAGACUCAAAUGCCGCAUGUUAAGCUUGAAUUGUUCCCUUUGUCUCACACGGGAGAGGCUGUGAAUUGGUAUGAUGAACUUGAGGCGAACAUAUUCGAGACUUGGAAUGAAAUGAGGGAAGCUUUCAUUGAGCGGUUCUUUCCAGCUAAAGUUUUUGAAACUUUGAAAUUUUGA